AGAAUCAUAGGAUUACAGGGAUUUAAGUACGACGGAAUGCCAAUAUGUGAAAUAUAGAUUAAUAUAAUUUGAGCUUGAGGUGAUAAUGAAAAUACAAAAAAUAUAGUUGCGCAAAUAUUAUCCUCUGAGGACACGUUUAAAGAGGUAUCAACUGUUAAGGUCAUGUUUUGUUAUAAUACAAGAAACGUUAUCAACACGCUGGAUUGACUGAAACACAAAUAUUUCUCAGUUUUUUUAACAGUAUAGCUGACGAGGUGAAUACUCUAGAUCAUAUCAAUACCACAAUCACAGAAAUCUGCUUAAGUAAUAAUCAUGCAAGAAUCAACGUCGACGUGACCAACAACGUCAUGGCAAGUGUGUACGAAGUGACGGAAAACCUAUUGGACGCAAUCCGAAGAGUAAAUCCACGAAAGGCGAGGCGCAUCCUGAAACGUUACAACGGCAGUGUUGACCACAUUUGCACAAAAUAUGGAAGUGAUGGCUAUUCUCCCCUUACUUCUGCGGCUGACCUCGGAAAUGCCGAGAUAUUCAAGCUCAUCAUUGACUCUGGUGUACCGCCAUAUGUAGCAGAUGCUUCCGGCUACACUCCUAUACAUCAUGCAGUUAAACAAGGCCACAAAGGGAUCAUUGACUAUUUCAUUCUUCGCUCAUUUAGAUUGGAUAUCAAGACUCCCAAGGGCAUCACCCCGCUUAUGCUGGCCAUUGACAAAGACGACACUGAGCUCACCCAGCUCUUGGCUGUCAAUAAAGCAGGUUUAGAUGAGCGAGAGGAGAAUGGGUGGACUGCUAUCCAUAUGGCUGCAGCAGAGGGAAAGACGAAACUCAUAGAAAUUCUUUGUCUUGCUGGCGCGGAGAAAGAUAUCGAGACUAAAACAGGAGCAACUCCCGCAUAUUUAGCGGCUCAGAAUGGACAUACAAGCGCAUUGAGAAUGUUGGGAGACUUUGGCGCUAAAUUGAAUAUCAGAAAUGUAGAUGGCUGGGCGCCGCUUCAUAUAGCGAGCUACUUAGGGAGAGAGAAAGUUGUUCUAUUACUCCUUGAAGCAAACGUUUAUGCAGACCAUCCGACUAGAGAUGGAUCAACAGCACUGUUCAAUGCAGCACAAGAAAACCAUAUAGAGAUUGCGAAGAUACUUAUAAAGAACAUGGCAUUUGUGAACUGUCAACGUAGAGACGGUAUGACUCCGUUACACAUAGCAUGCAAGUGUGGUAAUGUUGAAAUAGUGGAGUUUCUCAUUCAGUCGGGAGCCGAAGUAAACAAACAGGACCAGCAUAAAUGUAAUGUAUUGUUUAUCGCUUGUGAAACACCUAGAACUGAUAUUGUAUCGCUACUUCUCGACCAAGGGGCCGACCCGCAUGCCAUAACUACAGAAGGAACAUCGUGUCUAUUUGCUGCAGCUAAACAAGGUCAUAAGGAAGUGGCAGAACUGUUGAUUGAACGAUGUGAAUUGGAUUUGAACAAAAUUGACAAAAACGGUAUGUGCGCGAUGCACUAUGCUGCUGAAGGGGGGCAUUCUCGUGUUGUUCAUUUGCUACUGGAGCAUGGUGCGCUUUACCAGUUUCAGGACAAACUUGGCCGUGCUCCACUUCACCUUGCAGCGUUAAGUGGAGCAAAGGACGCAUGCAGCACACUCAUAUCUGCAGGAGCAGAAAUCAAUCUUCAAACUCAGUGUGGAAUGACACCUCUGUACCUUGCUUGCCAUAAGGGUCGGUUCAAUGCUGCAAAGUAUUUACUCCAGAAGGGAGCUGAUGUUAACCUGCAAGAGGAUGGACAGUGGAGUCCACUGAUGAUUGCAACGGAGGAGGGCCAUAAAGAGGUGAUACAGAUGCUGCUUGAAUUCAAAGCUAAUUUGAAUCUCCGAGCUGAAACGGGAAUGACAGCACUGUAUGCUGCUGCCAUGCAGGGUUUUCAUAAACUCUCUGACAUACUUGGGUCGCACGGAGCUGAUCCGGAUUUGAAAUUGAAAGAUGGGACAUCGGCGUUACACGUUGCAGCACAAAAUAACCACGUUGACGUUGUCAAAAUUCUUGUGAAAUAUAAGGCCGAUUUAAAUCUGCCUAGCAAUGUAGGGUCAACACCACUGUUUUUAGCCACUGAGCACGGUCACAUAGGCAUCAUGACGGUGUUAUUAGAAGCUGGAGCCGCCCCUGAUAUACAGGAUCAUUUAGGGUGGGGGCCAGUUCAUAUGGCUGCAACUAAGGGUAAGAAGAAUAUACUGGAAAAACUAAUUAAACACGACGCCAAUAUUGGCAUUAAAACAAAUAAUGGAGACUCUCCUUGUCAUAUAGCUGUUACAGCGGGACAUGAAGUUAUUGUUGAACUAUUGAUAGACAGAGAGGUGGUUAUUGAUGAGCAUAAUGCCGAGGGAUUUUCUCCACUUCAACUUGCAGUUACGAAAUCAUUCAAGAAAAUCUGUCAAAGACUGAUUAAAGCUGGAGCAAACGUGAACGCCCAGUCAAGUGAAGUUGAACCUGCUAUUCAUCUUGCUACACAAAAUGACGACUUUGGAUUGGUUGAACUCUUAGCCAAUAGUGGAGCAGAUAUCAACCUCCAUAGAGAUGGAAUGGGUACCCCACUCCAUGUUACAGCAAGAGGAGGGUAUCAGUAUACUGCAGAGGUUCUUAUUAACAAGGGUGCUGAUCCACUAAAAACUACCGUUGGAGGUUGGACAGUCCUGCACACAGCUGCAUAUUAUAACCAACCGGAGGUACUUAGAGUUAUACUUGACACAAAGUGCAAGCUGAAUAUUAAGGAUGACAGAGGCAAGAUACCAUAUCAGUAUGCUAGGGGAACUGAAACGAGGCAACUCUUAGCUGGUACAAUACGAUGA